CUUUUCUUCUCACAGUCGUUUAAUCCGUCCCUUCGUUUUCACUUUUCGCCAUCAUUGCAGUGAAGGGGACAGGGGGCAACCGCGUUUCCACGUUAACCACCCGUCACGAUCCCCCGUACUGUUCAUUUUGAGGCGUGAGGAGACGACCUCUGGACACUCGCUCAUAAGCCCGCCCACGAUCGCUACAACCUCGCACGGCCCCUCGACAGUCUACCUGGUGCAUCGGAGUCAACCACCCCGCGUCCGCCAGAGGGGCUCCCAGCCCAGCCCGUCCCCCCCAUGAGUUUCGUCAACAACUCGCGGAUGUCGGUCUACUCGACUGCGUCCGCCGCCGCACCGCGUCCGGGCAACCCGUCCUCCCAAGUCUCCACCACGACCCUCCUCAACACGCUGAACACAUGCUACAAGACCAAUUCGUCCUACAAUCUCGAGGCCAGCACCAGCCUGGUCGUCAACACAUGGCUGACAGCCCGGGCUAUGGUCAACGACCGCAUUGGCGGCACCGUCGACGUAGAGUUGGGACGAAAGGCGUGGGAGCACGCCCGCCGCCGGGCAGAGGACGGCUGCAUUGUGUUGGGAUCUCUACAUGAGUCCACGCCCUCGCUGUUCUCGCCCUUCAUUUCAGGCCUGCCGCUAUCUAUUCCCGGCAACUUCUACAUCGCCCUCGAGGCACUGAGAGCCUUCACACACUGCGUGACUCCGCACAAUCCCUCGUUUCCCCGGCACUCAGCCCUGGCCGCCAUCUUCACCAUCAAUCUUCAAGGCAACCUCCUUGGAGCUGAGAUCAAGCUCGCGAGCUCCGGCAUAGACACGCAGAAGGGUUUGCUUGAUGUCCCAACGCAGUCGGGCUACCGUGCGUUUGAUGUCUUCUACUACCUCAACUCCAGCUCUGCCAGCCAACUUGAGCGAGAGUUCCUGAACCUCAGCCACUCCUCUGAGUACUCCCUCCUCAACAAGUCCGGAACCUACGACCCACCCGCCUAUCUUCCAGACGCCGACGAUGCCGCAGCCGCGGAAGACUUUCGCGCGAACUUGAAGGCUAUCGGCAUCAAGGGCCAAAAGCUGUCGAACCUCAUCAGCUGCCUCACGGGCCUGCUGAAGCUGGGAGAUACGCUCGGCUAUUUUGUAGACGAGGACACCCUGCAGGCUGUAUGCGACGAGUGCAGCGCGUUGCUCGACAUCGCUCCAGGGGUGCUUCGACAGCAACUCAGCGCCAAGGACCGUGAGACCGCUAUUGCCGGCAUCUAUGAGGCUAUUGUCGAUUAUGUUGUUGCACAUGCGAACGCUACCAUCAAGGAGGAUAUCCGCAGCUCCAGAGCAGGCUUCUCCUCGAGCAGCAGCGAAGCCGGCCCUAUGACACCUCCUUCCGAGGAUGAGGCAGGAGACAUUGUCAAUAUUACAGUGGUCGAGAUACCUAGCCAGGCUCUCGGAAAAGCCAUUGCUCUCCGCACCAUUUUCGACGAUAAUGACGGCAUCAACGCCGAGAUGAAGGAGGACGGUGUACAAGUUCCGCCUGCGGGGGCUUCCGUCCUGGAGGGUCUGCGACAAGCUACCCAGGCUUCCGGCGCCGACCUCGGUGUAGAUGGUACGGAACUACGCCAACGGCAGCUGGACUUGGAGAAGCGCGAGGCCGUGCUGGAGAAGAUUGCCUUCAAUCUCCCUGACGAGCAAAACUUCCUGAAGGGGGUACUCAUGCCAUUGGUCGAUCAAGGCAUCACGCUGGGUAAGCAAAACCGAGUUGAUCUGCCAAUCACUGUCGCCAGCAGCAGAGUGUGGUUUCACCUCGCUCUUCACCCAUCCGAUUCGGCCCCUGCGCACCUUUCCCAGGAUAUUAACGCCACAUGGUCAGCUGCAACGGUGUCAAGGCAACUGAGGGAGUGGAGACUGCCGGAAUGGGCGAACCGUCGCAACCGCUCGCUGGACUUCACCGCUGAUUUUGACCACCAUGAAUUCUUCGAGCGCUAUCAUGUUCUGGGCUGCAUGGAUGGCAAAGACGGCAUCCAGAACUGGAUUCUUGAGCGCGGCUGGAGCAAUGGCGAAGUUGUCGUGGGCCAUCAGCGAGUUUGGGUCAGGGAAGGUACAUGGUGGGAGGCCGAAACGCAACUCGACCUCAAAGCGCAAGAAAUGUCCUCCAACAUGUUGGGCAGCAUGGUCGGUGCCGGAGGCCUUGAGAGCGGUUACUCUACCCACAGCCCCGGCCAGGGCAGCGGCUUCUUCCCACCAAUGCCCGAAAUGAUGCCUCAAACGAGUCAGACCCACCUUUUGCAGCGUCAGCACAGCUCUGCAACUAUGGGUGCCCGCAGCGCUCUCGGCGCCAGGUCCAUCGCUCCGACCACUGCUCCCACCAUCCAGAACCGUCAAGGAGACUACGGCCUCGGAACAAAAGGCGAUGAUGACAAGGGCAUAACCUACUACGAUGCCGAAUCUGGUGGGAAUCUAGUCGUCACCGAGGCCCCUAUCUCAAAGACGAGGAGAAUCUGGGUGGCGUUUGUAUGGGCUUUGACCUUCUGGAUACCCUCACCGAUCUUGAAGUUCGUUGGCCGCAUGAAACGCCCUGACGUCCGCAUGGCAUGGCGCGAGAAACUUGUCUUGGUAGCGCUCAUCAUCCUCAUUAACGCCACCAUCGUCUUCUACAUGAUCGCGUUUGGUAAACUUCUCUGCCCCAACAAGGACAAGGCUUGGAACCGUAAAGAGGUGUCGACUCAUCAGGGCUCGAACGAUUACUAUGUUAGUCACCACGGCUCUGUCUACGACCUAUCGAGCUUCUGGAAGAGACAGCACAGCGAUAGCCACACCAAAACCACCGAGGAGAAUAUGCUGCCUUUGGCUGGCGCUGACAUGGAUCCUUAUAUCCGGCCGCCGCUCUACCUUGCCUGCCCCAAUCUAGUCAAGACCUAUCUGGUCGUUCUCCAAUCAAACGACACUCUGGAGUAUGCCGCCACCGCACAGCACGUGUCUGGUAACCGCACCACGGCUCCAGACAGCAAGGCCUUGUCGGACAGUUUCUGGUACCCGAACGUCUUUGUGCCAAAGAUCAAGGAGUUCAGGAAGGGGGACUUGGUCUGGGAUACUGGGAAGAUCAAAGACGAGGGGGAGAACCAGAAUCACUAUUGGUUCCGCCUCGGCAAUAGGGUUUACGAUCUAACCGACUAUUUCCACACCCAAGAUCUUAUGGACGGCAAUGCUCAGUACAAAUUCCUAGACCCGGACCUCGAGGAAAUGGUCAAGAACUAUGCCGGAAGCGACCUCACGGAGAAGUAUCACAACCGACUGAACGAAACUGCGCAAGAGUUCAACCUUCAGUGCCUGGAGAACACUUUCUUCGUCGGGAAGACGGAUUUUCGCAAGAGCGCUCGAUGCCAAGUCAACGAUUACAUCCUUCUUGCUGUCACGAUCAUUCUUUGCGCUGUCAUCGGUGUCAAAUUCUUAGCUGCUCUUCAGCUUGGUUCGAAGAGACGUCCUGCGAAUCAAGACAAAUUUGUCAUCUGUCAAGUGCCUGCCUACACUGAAGGCGAGGACCAGCUGCGCAAGGGCUUGGAUUCGCUUACUGCGCUUGCCUAUGACAACAAGCGGAAGCUCAUCUGCGUCAUCUGCGACGGCAUGAUAGUCGGUGGUGGCAAUGACAGGCCGACGCCCAAGAUCGUGUUGGACAUCCUCGGCGUGGAUCCUAAGGUCGACCCUCCUGCGCUUCCCUUCAAAUCGGUCGGUACAGGAAGCGAACAGCUCAACUACGGCAAGGUCUACUCGGGUCUGUAUGAGUUCGAAGGCAACGUGGUCCCCUACAUCGUUGUCGUGAAGAUGGGAAAGGAGUCCGAGCAGACCAAGGCCAAACCCGGUAACCGUGGAAAACGAGACUCGCAGAUUCUUCUCAUGAGCUUCCUUAAUCGUGUACACCAUCGCGCGGCUAUGAACCCUCUGGAACUGGAGAUGUUUCACCAAAUCAACAACAUUAUUGGUGUGGACCCAGAGCUGUAUGAAUAUCUUCUCAUGGUCGACGCCGAUACCAUGGUCAGGCCCGACUCUCUGAACCGUCUGGUUGCGAGCUGCGCCAAUGACUCCAAGAUUGCUGGCAUAUGUGGAGAGACGAGUUUGGAGAAUGAAGAGAGGUCCUGGUGGACGAUGAUCCAGGUGUACGAAUACUACAUCUCGCAUCAUCUCGCUAAAGCCUUCGAGAGUUUGUUCGGUAGCGUCACUUGUUUGCCUGGAUGCUUCUGCAUGUACCGUCUGCGCACCGCCGACAAAGGCAAGCCUCUCAUCAUCUCGGACAAGGUCAUCAAGGAAUAUGCCGACUGCAACGUCGAUACGCUGCAUAAGAAGAACCUUCUCGCGCUCGGCGAGGAUCGUUACCUCACGACUCUGAUGACCAAGCAUUUUCCGAGCAUGUCAUACAAGUUCGUUCCGGAUGCGUAUGCUCUCACGGCUGCUCCUGAGACGUGGAGCAUCCUUCUAUCUCAAAGGCGCCGUUGGAUCAACUCGACUAUCCACAAUCUGGCUGAGCUUGUCCUCCUCAAGGACAUGUGCGGCUUCUGUUGCUUCAGCAUGCGCUUUGUCGUCUUCAUUGACCUCUGCGGAACGAUCAUUCUCCCCUCCAUCUGCGUCUACCUCGGUUACCUCGUUUACUUGGUCAUCUCGAAGAGUGGUCAAUUCCCAUUGGUAUCGAUCAUCAUACUCGCUGCCGUGUACGGCUUGCAAGCGAUUAUCUUCAUCAUCAAGCGCCAGUGGCAGCAUGUUGGCUGGAUGAUCAUCUACAUCCUCGCCUUCCCCAUCUACUCAUUCAUUCUGCCACUCUAUUCGUUCUGGAAGCAGGAUGACUUCUCUUGGGGUAACACGCGUGUUGUCAUCGGAGAGAAGGGUGUCAAGCAGAUCGUCACGACAGACGAGGAGGGCUUCGACCCGAAGAGUAUCCCUCUUCAGCGAUGGGAUGAUUAUGCUAUGGCCAACGGACUUCCUGGACGUCGCGGUCUCGUCGGCCAGACGUCCGAGAAGGGCAUAAACAGCGCAUACGAUGACGACGGGUACGAGAUGAACGACAUGCAGUCCGUUUACUCGUCGGUCAAACCAGCGUCAACCAUUAUGUCCAACAUGCACCACAUCUCUCAUAUGCCUCCGCAAUCGCCAGGACCGUACCAAGGCAUGCAGCCACGACAGUCGUCUUAUUCGAACUUCUCACGCUACCAAGACAAUCCUCAAGAGGGCCGUCUCAUGUCUAUGGGUGGGAUGAGUGACCACUAUAAUGCGUCGCCGUACGGCAACCGACCAAGCGUGGGUGGCUUCCAGAGCUCCGACAACCUCAUGGCGUCCACGCCACCAAUCCGCGGACGCAGCCCCCUCGGCCCCUCGCAGUCUCGACCUGGAAGCACCGUCAACUUCCAGAACAUGAUGAACGGGCCGAGCGACGCUACCAUCAUUGAGGUAGUCCAGCAAUGUCUGAGGGAAGCCGACCUGGACCGUGUGACCAAGAAACAGCUGGUCGCGCUCGCCGAGCAGCGACUACAGACACAGCUCACGGGCGAGAGGCGGAUAUUCCUCAAUCAGCAGAUCGACCUUGAACUAGCGAAUAUGCUCUGAAUGGGCGACCCCAUUUGAACUUGCAUUAGCGGCGUUGCAUAUUUCAUGUCACCACGACGGAUUUUCUGGGUUUAAAAUUUAUGUGGUCUCCAACUAGAUGACGACCAGCAACGUUCCUUUUUGGUAUCUGAUCUGAAUAUGGCGCGAUUUCUGGGGCAAAUUGGGGCUGGCAUCUUGCGGCCCAUUUGGGAACCAACUGGUGAUUCUGGCUUCAUAGUAAUGUUAAUAGGCGAUGUGGUAUAUACC